CAUAGAGAAUCCAGUUUCCCAGAAAUUGGUGGACUAUCAAGCUUUACCCCACAAAACCCGGUGAAAAGGCCUUCAAGCUAUAAGGGUCCUCAAGUUUGGGUUUCUUUGACUUCCAGAGAGAUCCAUGGCAGCUGGAACGAUGGCAGCGAACCGCAACAAGGCAGCGAUAAGUUUAACAUUCGGCAUAAGAACCGGGUCCCACCAGAAGCUCACCGAGGACGGCGACAAAUGCAGUAGGGGCUUGGAGGAGAAUGAGAAGGUGGAGAUCCUGCUCAAGGCACUAAGGCUGUCGCAGAGUAGGGCGAGAGUGGCAGAGAGGAGAUACCAAGCCUUGUGCAAGGAAACCGAUCACCUGUCGAAUCUUCUUCUGCAAGAAUCCCUGAGGUUUCUCGCAUGUCGGAACACCAUCAGGUUGCUUGAGCUUCAAGCAUCUCAGUUGAAGAGCACAGAUGCUCAUCAUAAAGGACCAUCUUCUUCAAGCUCCAGUUUGGCGUGGUUUAUGUCAAGGGCUUUUUGCGUGGGAAUAGGUUGUGGGAUUUGCCUUGCAUUUGGAUGCAUAUACUUCUGAUUCAUUGUACACUUUACUAAUAAGACUGUUCUUUUGUC